GGAUUCAGUAAGCAGAAGCAAAGUUGUUUCUCCCACAUGGACUGUUCGAAAACCCUCCAAGACAGCGCCUUGGCCGCGGAGACGUUGAAGGAGAGCCGGCGGAGGUUGCUCGUUGCUAGUCACUUUCCCUCAAUCCAACUUGGAAUGGACGGAUUCGCCUAUCGGAACCCUAGGGACGACCCGGUAAGCCUGGAAAUAUCCUGGAGAAGAUGAACACCCAUGAGUCUUCUACACGCUUAUGGGUGUGCUGCUUUUGCUCCAAAUCCUACCGCAGAUCGUGAGUGCAUCCCCAAGCGACCAAAUUAGCGGGAAAUCACGGGCACCUUGCCCUACUCAAUAAUGCGUUCUUUGGAUGAGUCAAUCAGUCGGGCAUUCGCUUGUGCCAGCCCUCCAUUUCAUGUCACAAGAUAGCAGCAUUUCUGUGGCUGUCCAGAGCAGCUGUCCGUUCCGGGUGACAGAAGCCACCGAACGACCAAGACCAAUCAUGUUCAGCGAGCUUUGACAAACUGUUAACCAUCCUUUCCAUGAUUUGCCCUUUCCAGCCAGGGAAAAGAGUCGCCGAAUGCUCAUUGAUCUUGACUGACGUCUCUUUAGUGAUGUGCUUCGCCGACAUUACAUCAACUGCCCAUCGAGGGGUGAGCAACCGAUUCCCGGGAAGCUGAAGAAAGGCAAGAAGACUCGAGCGUGCGACUCAUGUGCGCGCCUAAAAUUGGGUUGUGAUUUGGAUUGUCCAUGCGAAACUUGCCUCUCAUAUGGCCUUGAAUGCACAUACACACGACUCACGGAGCAGCGGCAACCGCGACCGGGAAGUGAACCUCCCCUGCAACCGCCACAGGAUGGACAGCGGCCGAGAAGCCACUCUGUCAGCGCCAACACAUCUCAAGAGUCAAGGAACAAUGCGCGUCAAGAGCGGAGCAAGAUUUCGUUAUCCUUUCUCCUCAACUAUGUGAAUCCAACCACAACUAUGGCAGAUGCCUAUGGUCCUGUGACCGAAAAAGCAGGCGCCGGAGCGCCUGUGUCGCUGAACGUCUGCGAUACCGCCACUGCAAGCGAUUUCGGUACUUCUGUGGCUACUGUACAGUUGGUGACUGACGAGUUCAUCUCGCCGUUUAAUAGUGACAGACUGGACGACUUUUUUGUAUCCUGUCUAUUUCCCGAUUCAGAAGAUUUUCAAGGCUCAAGCGAGGACGCGAACUGGUCUACAAACUGGCAAAUAUUAGACCAGUCGGACGCUUUUGACAACUCUCCAGCCGUUGAGCCUUUCAACUGCUUGAUAGACUCCUUGACCGGAUUCACACUCUCCCUACCACAGGGACAUCCUGAAAGCGCGCCCAAUGAUCGAUUAGCAAAGGCAGCAACACUGUUUUCAAGAGCCAACGUCGAACGAUUUGUCGGGCAUUACUUUCGAGAUUACUGUCCACAUAGCCCGAUUCUUCAUCCCGGAACUUUCCGGAUAGCAGCAGCAUCCCCCUUCUUACUCACGGUCCUGGUCCUCACGGGAGCUUUAUUCUCCUCUUCACCAAAUGACAUGCAGCUAGCAAGGGACAUUCUUGGCCUUGUGGUAGAAUAUGCCAUUAGCAACCCAGUUUUCAGAAAGCUGCUCCACGGGCCUGAUGCAGUGAAGGGACUGGACGAAGUGGAAUCCUUACAAGCGCUCCAAGCCGCCUUUUUUAUCACACAAGUUCGGCUCCGGGAAGGCUCUCCGUCCUGUCGGCGAGAUGCUCGAAAGUCGAAUUUUGAAGAGAUAAUAUGUGCUGUUCGAGCCCUAGGUCUUUUGGAGACUCGGAACUCAUUCUUCGAAGCUGAGCCACCACCACCAGAAAAGUUUCAGUGGGCUCAGUUUGCCGCCCGCGAAUCCCGAAUUCGUCUUGUGUGUGGUAUUUUCAACCUUGACGCCAGCUUCACGAUCCUAUACAACAUGACUCCCCGGUUGUUUGCGGAAGAGAUGAGCAUCGGGCUGCCAGGUUCUGUCGAUGCUUUCUUUGCCGACAAUGCCCAGGAUUGCUAUCGGCUGUCACUGAAGGAGCAUGGACUUCAGAAAUUGCGGCUCUCGCAGAUAUGCGACGCCUUUUUGCAGGAUGAGUGGGACGAAGAGAUGCGCUGUUCCAUGCAACACUUGUCGCUCCUGCAUCUUUGCAGUUUGAUGUUGGCGCUAACGCAGAUCUUGUGGCUCUCUCCGUACAGACCUGGAAAGCGGCAGACAAUGAAACGAAUGAAAGAAGCGCUGAUCAGGUGGAAAGCAGUCUGGGACUUUCAGAAUGCGGCAUUGACGGCUCGCCAACGCGAUCGCUACGGAUUUUUGAAGACCAUCCCUCUCGAGUUUUGGCAGAUUGCAACUGUCCUGGUGGAGAAAAACAGUACCAGUUUGGAUACCGCGAUCACUCAAAAUGCCAUUGCUGCUUUGAGCAACAAUCAGUGUGCCCAAACCAUGCUCGAAAGCGUCGAAAAGGAACAGAGCUGAAUAUCACGGCAGCCGGCCGAAUCCGCUCGUGGUCGACUGGUGAAUCAAUACAUUUUACAUCUCGGUUGUCCAACGGGCAAGACGAACGAAGCAAAGAUCUGAAGAUUCGAUGAUGAAGUUAUGAGGUAUCCGUCGUCUGACCCACAGCUGUGCAGCCUCGUGCUAGCUGACCAAGAGCCCUCGUUUGAGCCACAAGUAGGGAUUGCAACGCAUACCGAGCAAUCUAUAAGACAAGCCUGAAUGUCACAAAAGCAUUGAAGCAUCUGGCUAUUCUACAGGAGAGCGACCUCUUCAUGUGAACGUUGUCUAUAUGAUAUUCAGCACAGAAGUGAAUUAUUACUGCUACACUAGGAAAGAUAAUGAAAUGGUCAGCUGUACUACAUGAGCGAUUCGAG